AAAAAACAAACACAAAUUCGCUCAUCCCGCAGAGCUCGCUCGUACGGAAACUCGCCGUCGUCCCGUUCGCAUUGUUACAAAAACGUCCUCGAACACAAAAGUAGCAAAUUAACGAAGCGAUGCAGCGGCUUUAGUGUAGUUUUUUGUUGCUGUGCGUGUUUACUUGUGUUAACCGUUUGUGCAACAGCCGCCCAGAGCAAAGCCAGUCGACAAGAGCCAGUUUUCUCCACCACCCAAAAACACGACGACGACGGUGCAUUAUUCAAUCUCGCGAGCAAAAGUGACCUUUCGGUCCGUCGUUCCAGAAAGCGCCCGUCCUACUCCUUCUUCACUCCACCUGCACCUGCACCCCAGCUAUUCGCCCGUUAGCCCCGCAAAACGAUGAGCGUGGUGGGCAAGAAGCUCAGCUCGUCGAUCGCCGCCCAGGAUGCCCAGGAAGGAUCGGGGGCGGCAACGGGGACCCCGUCGGGCGGUGGUUCGUCCACAGGCACGACCGGCCCGACCAGCCCGAUCACGCCGGACUAUGUGCUGCAGCUGAACAAAAUCACCGACGACUACCUCUGCACGCCCGAUGCGAACAUUUACGAGAUCGAUUUUACCCGCUUCAAGAUACGGGACAUCGAGUCCGGUGCGGUCCUGUUCGAGAUCGCGAAACCAUCGCUCAGCGACAUCACCCACACGGCGGCCGGUAGUGACAGUAGUAAGUCGAGCAAGGAGCCGGGUGCGGCCAGCGAGGAAGCGAGUAGUGGGGCACCGUCCGCUACCACCGGGGAACGGGGCCCGGAGGAGGCGGAGGAAACGUUCGAACCGAAUGCUGGCCGCUACGUGCGGUACCAAUUUACGCCGCAAUUUCUCAAACUAAAAACCGUUGGUGCUACUGUCGAGUUUACCGUUGGCAGCAAGAGCGUGAAAAACUUUCGCAUGAUCGAGCGGCACUUCUUCAAGGAUCGGUUGUUGAAAACGUUCGACUUUGAGUUUGGCUACUGUAUUCCCUUUUCUAAAAAUACGUGCGAACACAUCUACGAGUUCCCCACUAUCCCGCCGGAUCUAGUGAACGAAAUGAUUCAGCAUCCCUUCGAAACGCGCUCGGAUAGUUUCUACUUCGUCGACGGUUGCCUGGUGAUGCACAACAAGGCCGACUACGCUUACAAUGGGGGGCUGUGAACAGGGCAUGAGACGCCGACGAUGGUGUUUUUUUUUCGUGUAUGUGUGCGUGUAUGUGUGCAUUGAAUUUUGGUAAUAAUUUUGCCUCGCGAUCUUUUCGCGCGAUCGUACGAAGCAAGGGCGCGGUUUUACGUGUGCGCGUUUUUGUGUGUGUCUUUUGUAUGUACGUGAAUGUACGUGUGCCGGUAAUGGGAUUUCUCGUACGUGUGUGCAGACCCACACACAUACACACAGAACCGGGCACUACAUUACGCAGCAAAAACGAGGGAAACGCGAGGAUACGCGCCACCACUGCACGCGGUUCUUGUUCUAGAAAUCUCCCCCAAAACGAUCGAUGAUGCUGCUGCGACCAGAUGUGGCGGUACCCCGCCCGGAGUGGAAGGUGAAUCAAGCUGCAAGAAAGUGACCAAAGAGGCCGAACGGGGCACGGGACGAAGGGAAAUGAUAAACAAACAUCAGCAACCCUCGGGCGUGGCCGCUGUACGGUAAACACGAGAGCGAGAGAGAAAAAAAGAAACAAAACAGGUACGUUAAUUAUAAACAUAAUUCUAUAAUGCAGAUCAGCAAGAGAAGAAAGUAGAAAAACCAAAAAAAAAGAAGAAAAAAUCCAAUCGAAACUAAAAUAUAAAAGACAUUUUUGAAUUACUCUCUUCGAUCCUACUGCGAAAGCUGCCCUGUCGCUAUAAAAUAGGGCAAAAAAUCGCUAUAAAAUAGGGCAACAGGAGAGAUUUACUACUGUGUUACAUACACGCAAGUUUAUUACGUGCUCGGCUUUAACUGUUUGUUGUAUUUAUGAAGUAAUGCCGGGAAGCAGGGGAAACAUGCCCAUCCCAAAAGCAAUGUGUUUAGGAUUAGUGCACACGGCCGAACCACGGAGGUACACGUAACGGAUGCGUAACAUUACUCGAACCAUGAAACAGAUGUCCCGCGUCUAGUAGAACUAAAAAAAACUAAAGAGAAGAAGCAGCAGUAGCAGCAUCAAUAGCAAAAACAAAACACACACACACUCGUCUAAUCACCUUUCUUGCCUUAAUUAUCCGUUUGUUAUCGAUGCUUCCCGGUGCUGAUGGGUGCUGAAGCAAGCCGCUGGUGCCGGCCGGCCGGCCUUCCCCACCAAAACACACGUGGGGGGAAGAGGGAGCGUAAGAUUUAAAAGGAAAGCCGACGAGUUGAUGAAUGAGAUAAGCAUUGUAGGGGUACGGCAAGAGCAACGGUGCUCUCCGGCGAGAAGAAUUGUAUUUUAAAAAUAGACAGUACACAACCCCGCACCGAUGCACGCGUAAGAAGAAGUCAGAUUUCGGUUAUUAUUAUUUUUUUAAAUAGCAGAAGCAAUGCCGAAGCACGGCGCGCAAAUGUUCUAUACACCCAACCACUUGAUCUGAGAUACAGAGGAACAGAGCUUUAUAUUUAUCAACCCGAGUCACGAGUCACGAUCAUCUCAUUCGCGCGUAAACUCACUCAAACACGGUACUGUAUUUAAUUUUAGCAAUAUUUGCUUCGCAAUAGAAUGCCAGAAAGCAAACAAAUUCGAAUAAUUCUACUUAAAACAACAGCACGGUGGUAUGAACAGUGUGUUAGCUGAGGGCAUGCGAUUAAUAUCGAUCGAUUAUUGAACGAAUCUGGGUAAAUGUUUGCAACCAGGAGUGACCACCAGAGGAGACAUUUUCUCUGCAUGCAAUUGAAUUGAUUUAAUGGAACAAAAACAUUUGAAAAGCAUUUUUGGUAGUGAUUUUGAAGCUCGUUGUCGUCCUUUCGGGCCGCUUUCUGGCGGGCUGGGAUCAACCACACACGCUAUUCCCUAAUCCCCAAACUCCAGAGAGCUGUGUGUUUGUGUGCCCUUUGACCCCGUUAUGCUAACCGUUUGUCUUUUAUCGGCCAUUUUUUGUACGGGCGAAAGCUUACGACGAUGAAAGCAAAGCCAAAAAUCGAAUCAUUUCACUUUCGCACCCACAAAGCACCACCACACAGUGGGGUGGAUAGCGGGGUUGUUUGCUUGCGUGGAGUGACAAAUAAUAACCACCCAGCCAACCCUCCCAGUGAGGAGCGGGCGCUUUGUUUUUGCGCCAUAUUAUACGCGACGCUAUUCGCGUGACCGCAGCAACAUAACACACACCGUUAGAGAGAGGGUGGCAGAUUUUUUUGUUCUUCCUCUUUCUCUCUCUGUGUGGUGUUGAAUUUCAGCAUGUAAUAUGAUGGGGUGGUUGGGGGGGUUCCCCCCCCCCCCAUAUGUGUGUGUGCGCGUGGUUGUGUAUGCUGGCUGACACCGUGCCACCGUGGUGUCCAUGGUCGUUACCCAUACUUUUUAUCGAUUGUAACUAGAAACACAAACCGACGCCGAGUGUUAUGUGAAAUGAUUAACUUUUGUUGUGUUUUAGCGCCUGCCCCCCCAAAAAAAAGAAGAAAUUCAGUGUAUUUAAGCUCGUUUGUGAGCAGGAAAAACUCAUUUUCUAACGCAUUUCCGCACACACAAAGGAUGUAAAUUAUGGUACCGGUUAUAUUGGGAAAGUAAAUUAUAAUAAAUUUAAUUAUGUUUUAAAAAAUAACGUCUUAAAAACAACACUAUCGCUACAACCAAAACCGUCAGUACUGAAUAAUAGGAAAAGCUAUUUAAUAUUACCAAAAAAAAACACACAUAAACCUCACAGCCAAAACUCACACAACUGCAAUAAAACUAAAGGCAAAAAGUAAAAUAACCUCACACGAAACGACACCGGUCAGAAAGUAGCACGCAAACUAAUAAGAUGAAAUAAUUAAGUAAAAAAAAUAACUCACAACAAAAAGAAAGUCUCAACACAACAAACACAAUGAAAAGUAAAUCGUUAAAAAUGGACAAAAAUAUAUAGGGAGAACGAAAUGCUAGUGAACAGAAUAAUAGCAAUAGUUGUCGCCCUACACAAUAUAGAGCGCAAAAGUAAAAAAGUCAAACUAAAAACCAAAACCCCCCACUGCUCCUUGUCCACGCGCCACAAUGAAACGAAGAAGCGGCUCCAGUGCGACCCAAACCUCUGUAAAUGAAGACAGUGAGAAAACGCUUGCACGUGUUGCAAACACUUUAAAACACACGCACGUGCUAGCGGCUAUCGGGGAAGGUCGGGAAAACAGAACUGAGUUUUAGCAACAAC